GCACCGGGGCCGCCGUUAACGAACCGGGGGCGGAGCGUUGCGCGGCGGGGCCGGCAGGGGGCACGGUGCAGCCCCGGCCCGUCCGGUCCGUCCCGGAUCCGGUAGCGACAGCGCCCGACGGGGGCUACUGGGGGUGUCCGGCUCCGCUCCCUCCGCUCGGUACCGGCGAACCGGCGCAGGGCACACGGCGGCGGCGAUGGACGGUGGGGCGGCGGCAUGAGGCGGCGGAGGCGGAGGGGAGCAUGGCGGCGGCGGGCGGCGGCGGGGCGCGGCGGGGGCUGCUGAAGCGGAAGCCGAACUUCACGCUGCAGGAGCUGGAGGUGCUGAUGAGCGAAGUGCUCCGCUACGAGCCGCUGCUGUUCGGCGCCGCCGCCGGUACCGUGAACGCGUACGAGAAGCAGAAGAUCUGGUGGCGGAUCACGCACAAGGUGAACGCCGCCGGCCGCCACCAGCGCGACAUCGGCGAGGUGAAGAACCGCUGGCGGGGGCUACGCCGCCGCGCCGGGGACAAGAUCAGCCGGCACCGGCUGGAGCGGCAGGGCCCGGCCGGCAGGGCCGCCGCCAGGAACGGGAACACCGGGAGCACCGGGAAUAACGGGAGCAACGGGAACGGCGCGGCCGAGCUCGGCCCGGGGCCCGCCCCCGCCCCCGGCUGGGGUCCUCGCGGCGCCGCCGGAACCGACCCUCGCAGCGCCGGGGGCUCGGCACAGCACGGUGUCAAGGAGGAGCCGGUGAAGGAGGAGCCUGUGGAGGUGAAGACUGAGCCCUUCCCCGGCCCCGCUGCCGACGGCAUUCCCGGCCGCGGCUCAGACUGUCGGCUGUCCCGCACCGGCAUCUGCCCGCCCAACGAGCUGUGCGAGGGCUGGAGCCGGAGCCCCCCGCGCUCCGCACCCUCUGAACUCUCCCUCGGCGACCUACGCGGGCAGCAGGAGUCGCUGGGCUCCGACUUCCCGAGCCUGCUAUUGGAGCAGGAGGCCGAGCAGCUCAGUCACUGCGGCGCGGGCGAGGCGGGGCCCCCCGGGGCGGCGGGGCUGGACGGGACCCCCGAGUGCCCCCAGGUCAGCUUCGUGCAGUCCAAUGAGCGGCUGGUGCAGGAGAUGCGGGCGUUCCGCCGGGAAUACGCCGAGAGCCGUCGGGAGACCACAGCGGUGCUGCGCAGCAUCGCCCAGGCACUGGGCGUGCUCAGUCGCAGCCUGGCCGAAAUCCGUGACCUCUACCUCCGGGAGCGGGGGGUCCCCAAAUCAUGAGCCUCCCACGCAGCUGGCUGUGUACACACACCCCUACCCCACCCCCCAGAACCCACAUCGCUGCUUUUAUUAUUAUUUUUAUUAUUAUUUCUUUUCCUCUCCAUCCCACUUCAAUAAAACUCGGAGCUGCA